AGGGAGCGCCCGUGAGGCUGAGCCGGCCGUGCUGUGACCGCCAUGGGGUGGGCGCUGCUCAGGGCGCUGCGCCGCCGCUGGGCAGCCUACAAGUACCGCUUCGUGCCCUGGCUCGCCCUGAACCUCCGCCGUCAGGGCAGAACCCUCCGAUAUGUUCCUGAGAGCUCUCAAGACAAAAUUAUCUCUGAUGAAGAUGUCUUUGAAACACUACUGAAAACAUUUAAAGCUCUGUUCCUAAAUGAUUUCAGUAGACAGGCGGAUAUUUUGGCCUUGCUUCCCGAAGUCAAAUGUCAGUAUCUGGAAGUACUGACUUGGGAGCAGAAGCGGUCAAAAGUAACUUCGUGUAACCAUGGGAGUCAGCAGGUGUUUAGUCCUGAGGAAGUUCUGUUAAACACACUUGGAUUCACUGUUGGUAGAGACCAGAGUUCCCUGGUGUCUGCUGGAACUGGAGUCUUUGUUACCAAAGGUUUUGUGCCAAAAGGGACAGUUGUGUCGAUGUAUCCUGGUACAGUAUACAGAAAGCAUGAGCCCAUCUUUUUCCAGUCCCUUGGCAAUCCCUUUAUUUUUAGGUGCAUUGAUGGCAUCCUUAUUGAUGGGAACGAUAAAGGACUAUCAAGAUCAGUGUACAGGUCUUGCAGGAGGAGAGAUCAGCUUGGCCCAUUUCAGAUGAGCGAUGAGAGCUGGCUCACUGCUGCUCCGCAAAACCCACUGGCAGUGGGACAGUAUGUCAACAACUGCUCACAUGAAAAAGCAGCAAACGUGUGUUAUCAAGAGUUUGAUGUGCCGGAACAUUUUCCAAUAGAGCUGAAACAGUACCUUCCAAACAUCUUCUACAACCAUGAUACAGAGAGGUCGGCAGCAAAUGAAGGAGCUCAUGGAUUUCCACCUGAGGUGUGUAGUUCUUGUCACUCUCAGAGACAUCAAGCAAGGAGAAGAACUUUUUUCAAAUUACUACACUGUUGUCAGAUGAAUUAAUUGAUUCAAGACUGAGGAAAUCUGUGUCAAUAAAAUAUGUACUAUGUCUGUA